CGUCCCCGCCCCCUCUUCAGUGCAGACCCUCUCGGUACCCUGUCUGUCACCUCACAGUAGUAGUUGCCGGUAGCGAGUGCGGGGGUGUGAGCAGCGCAGGGCCGCCUGUCCCCCGCCCCUCAGGCCGGGUCUGGGCUCGGUCCCCCCGCUCCCACCUCUCCCCACCCCGUGGGAUACAGGAAGGUUCCAGCCGCUGCCAGGUGCCCGAGGGCCAUCGUGGCCGCCGCCACGGGUCCCCAUGGAGCCGCCGCAUCUGUACCCCGUGAAGCUCUACGUAUACGACCUAUCCAAGGGCCUGGCCCGGCGGCUUAGCCCCAUCAUGCUGGGGAAACAACUGGAAGGCAUCUGGCACACUUCCAUAGUUGUGCACAAGGAUGAGUUCUUCUUUGGCAGUGGCGGAAUCUCCAGCUGUCCCCCGGGAGGGACAUUGCUUGGACCUCCAGACUCUGUGGUUGAUGUGGGGAGCACAGAAGUGACAGAAGAAAUCUUUCUGGAAUACCUGUCCUCCCUGGGGGAGUCUCUGUUCCGAGGUGAAGCCUACAACCUCUUUGAACACAACUGUAACACAUUUAGCAACGAAGUGGCACAGUUCCUGACUGGGCGGAAGAUCCCCUCUUACAUCACUGACCUGCCCUCUGAAGUCCUCUCCACGCCCUUCGGACAAGCCCUCCGGCCCCUCCUGGACUCCAUCCAGAUCCAGCCUCCCGGAGGAAACACGGUGGGCAGACAAAAUGGCCAGAGCUAACCGGACUGCUUGGGAACACCUGCCCAUCUGCUCUGCAGGGCUUUUCCUUUUUAAACAAAACAAACCCUACCAGAUUUCUAUUUUAUAAUUUUACAUCAGAGCUAAUAACCAGAGGACAGCUUUUUAAAAUUUCCCAGGGAAGGAAAUCGUCAGGCUGCAUGUAGGACAAUGCUGCUAAGAAACGAAACAAAAUGCCCCCUUCUAAUAGUAUUAUACUAAUUUAUUAAGUCUGUCUUGUCUGUGAGUUCACUUACGACACUGUUUCCAAAGCGUCUUCCACACUGGAGAAAGGGAGGGGGUUUGUUUCAGCAGUAGCCAAAAGGGCCACUUUGGGGGAGCCCCAACUUGGAACCUCUUUCCAGAGAAUACCCGCAUCCCACCCAGGUUGCCACACCUGUGGGACCAAGGAGUUUUCCAACAGCCGUGACCUGGAAGUGGUUACUCUUAGCAUUAAAUGAACCAAAGGAUGUGGUGCAUGUGGGGCCAGUUGCAGGAUGACUAACCGACCUCAGUGAGCUCUUUCAGCAGACUUCUGUCACCUUCCCUCCCCUGACGCAAGCAUGGGGCCAGGGCUGCAGCAGCCACAGCUCAGAAUCAGAGGAAAGUGACAGCCAGUACCAGGCCAGAGAAAAUAGGAUAAAGCCAUUCCUCCUCCCGCCCAGACUGAUUGCCAAUCCUCUGCCAUCCAUUUGGGAAAACCUGCCUUGCUGCCUGCUGUGGUGAGGCUGCUAUUCCUCAGCUUGGCGGACCUGCCACAGUGGAUCAGGCCUGGGCUGGAGCCACAGAGACCCAGGCCCUCUGUCUGCACAGAAACCACACCUGGCCCCAUAUGCAGCGUUCAGCUGGGAACCAAGGGGACACGAAUCCCAGCUUAGGGACUAUAGAAAGAAUAUGAUGCAGAAUCAAGGUGGCAAAAAAAUGUAGUUGUUUCCAAUAGGACUUUUCCAUUAUUCUGAAUGUGAUUUGAUGGCACAAAUCAUUUCCAUUGUCAUUCUGGCUUUAAGGAGGUUCGACUGGGGUAUGAGUGGGGAUUUCCCUAAUGACUUGCUGCUGAUCUUCUGGCAGAGCAAUAUGGAAGUCUCAGAUGUGGGACGGCUUUCAGACUCCCUUUCUUCACAUGCACUCCCACGGCUUAGUUAGAGGAGUGAGUGGAGAGGGACUCAGAGCUGCCAGGUGCCUGGCUCUCGGCUCUGCUUCCUGGGCCCCUCCUGCCCUGGUCCCCUGCCCCCUCUAAAACUUGAGUCCAGCUGCUCCUUCCGAGGCAGGGGUCUUUCCUCCCUGAAAUCUGCUGCUCACCCUGGCGCUGACCCUGCUGUCUUUGCCAUUAGCCGUAGCAGUUGGCAUUAUCAGGGUCUCAGCUAGAGGAAAAGAUGUCAUUCUGCCUUGGUGUCUGCCUGUAUCUCACAGGGCAUGUCCAAAUGGUAUCAGGUUAGAUUUUAGAAUUUAAACCAGGCCAAAUGAGUGAGCAGUUUAGUUCUCAGGCCAUGUGUGUGGCAGUGAUUAAUCAGAUCAGAAAGAAGCAGGGAUGGCUUGAUGCUGAUCUACUAGUAGGUUCAAGGAGAAUGAGUGUUAGAGGCUGGGUUUCUUCCUGGAGGGCAGCUGGUUGACCUAGGCCAGCAUCCCACCAGUGUCCCCUUUUCCUGUCUGCCUGAAGUGCACAUCUCUACCCGGAGGGUACUGAGCUUUUCUCCUAUCCCAUGUCUGGGAUCAGCUGGUUUUGCCCCUCCCAGUGGUCACUUUCAGACCCAGGGCUAGUCUGAGCUCUGAGUGACUCCAGGAGGGAAUAUGAGUCACUUGAUUCCUUGAAUGCCACCCUUCAUGUCCAGCAACCGUUUGUGCUACUGCUGUGUCCUGGAUUGGUGGAAGAUAGAGGGGUGGGUGAGCAGCCACCCAGAGCUCAUGGGGAGGUGAGCUGCCCUCCCCUAUUCCACCCCCGCCACCCCUUAGGGCAGAAGACAGGCCUGAGCUAGGCCCCCCCAGCCCCAUCCCACAUCUCCAUCCAUCCCAGAGCCACAGGAGCAUCCUCGGGACCAGCUGGCUCCGUGUGGGCACCAGGUGGAAAAUGAGUCAUACACUGUCAUGCAGUGGACGUCUCUUAGAGGUGCACUGAUCUAAAGGGACAGGGAAAGAGGAGCAAUGAGACCAUCACCCUCUCCCAGGAACAAAGCUCGUACCUUUGAGAUUCCAUUAUGCCCUUGAAGUCAGGCUGAUAAUUGUGUCCCAUACAGAGGUGUUUGCUGGUUUUCAUUGGUGUUUUUCUAAUGCAAUAAACUCAUUUCUGCCUGCUGCA